GGGCGGCUCUUGUUAACCUCGACGAAGGAGAAGCUUCACGUGUGGAUCAUGGUCGUCUGUUACCGCAGCAUUUAGCUUGUUUAUAACCUGAUAUCACAAAUCAGUUCUUCAUUUUCAGGACACUGACACUCACACAGGGAGAACCAUGUCAUCCAGCUGCCGACGGCCUGAGCACACAGCUCCUCCAGAUGUGUUCUACAAUGAAGAGGAGGCAAAGAAAUACUCCCAGAACUCUCGAAUGAUUGAGAUCCAGACCCAGAUGUCAGAGAGAGCUGUGGAGCUUUUGAACCUGCCAGAGGGACAGCCAUGCUUCCUGUUAGAUGUGGGGUGUGGCUCUGGUCUCAGUGGAGACUACCUGUCAGAGGAGGGACAUUACUGGGUUGGAGUCGACAUCAGCACAGCAAUGUUAGAUGUUGCUCUGGACAGAGAAGUAGAUGGAGACCUUCUAUUGGGGGACAUGGGUCAGGGGAUGCCUUUCCGACCCGGCACCUUUGACGGUUGCAUCAGUAUUUCUGCCCUGCAGUGGCUUUGCAAUGCAGACAAGAGGACACAUAGUCCUCCAAAGAGACUCUAUACCUUCUUUAGUACUCUCUACUCUUCUCUGUCAAGAGGCUCACGCGCAGUUUUUCAGCUUUAUCCAGAGAACUCAGAGCAGCUGGAGCUGAUCACGGCGCAGGCCAUGAGGGCAGGUUUCAGUGGAGGGAUGGUGGUGGACUACCCCAACAGCAGCAAGGCAAAAAAGUUCUUCUUGUGUCUGUUUGCUGGAGUAACAGGAGUCCUUCCCAAAGGACUGGGAUCAGAAGCUUCAGACAAAACUGUUUCAAACCAGGUCCAGUACUCAGGACAAAGAUGCCGGUUUAAGAACAUGAAGGGUAAAUCAGCAAAGAAGGGACGAGAUUGGAUCUUGGAGAAGAAGGAGAGGAGGAGAAGACAGGGACGGGAGGUUCGAGCCGACACAAAAUACACCGGACGUCAGAGAAGACCUCAUUUCUAACUGUGACUCACACAGCUGUGCCUUCAGCAGCAGCCUGUCUCUUCUGUGCCGCCCUGCGCACAGCAGCCACCUGCAGCAUUUGGGCUCAGUUAAUUUCUCAAUUCUUUAGUUCAAAUGGAUGAGAGGGAGUGAAAUGCCAUUACUGUCGUUCUUUUUUUAUAUUUGGUCGAGUGAUUGGCAAAUUGUUUCUCUCAUAUGGUGGCUAGACUGCGCUCUUCAUGUUCAUGUCGGCCGGAAAAUACUACAUGAACAGACACAUGCUACCAACAUCAACACCAUCAUAGAGUUAAAACUGUUUUUAUAAAUUAUGAAAUGUCAUCCUCCAUUUCUGAUCAGCUUUUUGUUUUAUCUGCAAUAUUUCAAUCUCAAUUAAAACUAAACCAAAAAAUAGAA